UUUACCCUGUCUAUUUGCCAUUUACAAACACACAGAACAUUCAUGUUAUAAAUUGCUCUUUUUUAUUGGAAUAUCUGAUAUGCUAAUGCUUCUUUUUCAUGGAUUAGAAUCUGGAGUAUAUAACUUUACCGGAGAAAUGUUUUGUCCAAAUUAUAAUUUUAAUUAUGUAACAGGAUCUUUUGGAGCAGCCCUCUUCGCAUUGGAGACUUCUGCAAAUAUAUUUCUGGCUAUAGACCGAUGUUGUGAUUUUAUUUCCCCAAAGAUUUGCGAAUUUUUAUUUAAUGGUAUCCUAAAUACAUGUACAUAUUUAUCUUUUAUUGUUUUAAUUUUAAGGAAAACGUAUUACUUUUUGGAUAGGGUUUUUAAUCAUAUUUUCUUUUUAUUAUUUCUUUUAUGUAAAUCCUGCAUUCUACAAUGGUGUUUAUAUGAAUUGGUUCAUGAAUCCGUGAGAAAUAUUUUAAAAUUUAAAUUAAUCUUUUAA